AUGACCAAAACUCGCCAUUCACACCUGUAUGGCACCAUCAUCACGACAGCAGUCGUGGUCUUUAUUAGCAUCGGCUAUCUCCUAGCACCAUGGUUUCAUCAGCUCUCCUCCGUUGAUCCACAAGGAAUAUCAAUAGCAGCCUUCCGACAUGCACGCAAGCAGUUCAAAGCACCGGCGAAGAACCCAUGGGCUGAGAUCGACGAGGGGGAAGCGGCACAGAUCCACUCUCUGGUCCAGCAGUCCGUAAACUUGACCGACUCGCUCAACGGCGUCGGUGCUGGUGACAAGAAAGUCAUCUAUCGGAUUGAGACCCUUCGUCCCAACAAGACCGAUGUCGUGGACUAUCUCGACAACAAUGGCCCUCAACCGGAACGAUGGGCGCGGGUUGCCAUGCUCGAGUUUCGUCACAAUGAUGCCUUCAACGUCGACUACAUGGUGGGCCCUCUCCCAAUAACAAACGCAACCAGUAUGCUCCCACUGAGCUACUGCUACAACUCCGGAAAGAACUGGGUUCAGAUGCCUCUUUCCGACGGUCUAGACCUGAUGGCUUGGGCACUUAAGAUCGGCGAGCGUGUGACAGACAUCACACAGGAUCUACUAGGCGCGACCGUGAACGCUCUCGACCCAUCUGACCCAGACGCGCUCGUUAUGGGAUGGAGGCCCGCCCUGAUCGAAUCAGGUCGCAUGGUGCACUGGCUUGAGUUUUUCGGGCCAGGCAUGAAGUCCGAUGGGCGGACAUUGCUUCCUCAGGGGCUGUAUGUCAAGUUCGACACGCCGUCCACGAACCACCAAGACUGGGUUGUGGGCCAGUGGUUCUACAACGGCCUCCUAUACGACAACGACACAGUCCUCCGGGAAGCCAUGAGAUCCCCGACGUUUGAACGCUUGAACCUCAACCACGAUGGCGAGUGGACAGACACCGAGGACUUCGGCAGCUCAAUGGCUGAACGAGACAUGCCACCCCCCUUAUCGGUCCAGCCCUACGGCCCACGCUACCACCUCGACCGUGACGAAUCAUAUGUCUCGUGGAUGGGGUUCUCGUUCUACCUGUCAACGAACCAAGCGACAGCCCUCUCCCUCUUCGACAUCCGCUACAACUCGACACGGCUAAUCUACCAUCUCGGUCUGCAGGAAGCAUUAGCACACUAUGCCGGCACGGAGCCGCUGCAGUCCGGCUUGGAGUUUCUGGACACGUUCUUCGGCAUGGGCAGCAUGAUGUUCAGCCUCGUGCCGGGCGUCGAUUGUCCGGGGCACGCCGAGUAUCUCGACAUGUCGUACCAUAAAGGUGGGAAGAUGUAUACCAACAGAAAUGCCAUUUGUGUCUUUGAAUUCACCUCGGAUGCGCCUUUGCAGAGACAUACCUCCGCGUAUAGCGUGAGUGUCAGUAGGAAUACUUAUCUCGUUGUCCGAUCCGUCAGCACAGUGGGUAAUUAUGACUACACUAUUGAUUAUGUGUUCUACCUGGACGGCUCUAUCGAGGUAAAGGUACGGGCCAGCGGCUUCAUUUUCUCAGCCUUCCAUGCCGAACCACGUUCAUCGCUUUUGACGAGGGACGACAGCACGAGUGAAUACGGCUACCGCAUCCACCCGGCAGUGCACACCUCAAUGCACGACCACGUCAUUUCUUUCCGCGCAGAUUUCGACAUCUGCGGACCCAACAACACCCUGAUCCGUACAGCCAUCGAGCCCAUAAGCCGAAAAUACCACUGGGACGAGCCGGAAGUCCCCGGUGUCCGAAACACGAUGCACAUGGUACACUCGGCCAUCAAGCACGAAACAGGCCUCGACUGGCCCACCAACGGACGCGAAAUGUACCUGAUCACAAACACCAACGCAACCAACAAAUGGGGCGAGACCCGCGGCUACAGGAUCCUACCUGGCUCAGGCAUAUCGAAUCCGUCGCACCUGACGAUUCUGAACUCAACGGCACUGGGACGAUCCGCCGCGUGGUCCGCAUCGGACGUGUGGAUCCUGCGGAACCAUCCAGACACGGAGCCGGCGUCGGCACACCAUCUGAACUACAUGGACCCGCUGACCCCACUGGUGGACUUCGAGAAGAUGGUGAACGGCGAAAACAUCGAGGACGAGGAUCUCGUCGUCUACUUCAAUCUGGGCGGGCACCAUGUGCCGACCAGCCAGGAUGUGCCGAACACGCUGAUGCACACGAGCGCGAGUUCCGUCAUGUUCGUGCCGUUCAAUUACUUUGACGCCGAUGUCAGUCGCGCUGUUAGGCAGGGUGUCAGGAUCGAUCGACGGCCCAGCGAUAAUGAUCAUGGGACAAAGAAGAAGGAGAAGGAGAACGGCGACGGUAAAGAGGAAAUCAAAAGACCCCGUCACGUUCCUCGAGAAUCAGAGGUGGAUGGGGAAGUGGCCUACUUUGGUGCGCAUUAUACUUCGCCCCUGAAGGUCGAGCACGAGAUGCUGUCGCCUGAUCUGAGCCAUUAUCUCAAGGAGCGGGAUGAAGGGGAGGUCGGUGGGUGGAAAACGGUCCGGAAUCAUGUUGGUGGUGGCUUGCCUGGGUUGUUUGCUGGGAAGGAACGUGGGAGUCAUGGUGAGGAGGACGGCGAGGGGAGGGAGAGAUGGGAUUGGUAA